AUGGAGCUAGCGUUGGCGAGCCUACUGUACCACUUUGACUGGGAGCUGCCGGCCGCGGAUGACUGCGCGCUGUGCGAUCAGCAGCCGGAGACGGCCGAACACUUGCUGGUGGCAUGUGUGUUCGCGAGGGAGGUCUGGCAUCGCCUCUUGUCCGCCAUCGGCCUCGUCCACCUUCUCCCGUCGGAGGCGUCACGGCUGGUGGGAUGGUGGCAGGAAAGCCGGGCCCUCCUUCCCCAUAACCUCAGACGAAGCUUCGACUCGCUCGUAGUGCUCGUCUCUUGGUCACUCUGGAAGGAACGGAACGCCAGAACCUUUGACAACACCAGCUGCACGCCUCCACAGACUCUUGCAAAGAUCAAAGAGGAGGCGAACGCCUGGCUCGCAGCAGGUUUCCGUGGUCUAGCCGCCUUCGCCGCUCUGCUCUAG